GGUCGAAGGUCCUAAAUUCGACAGGGUCCGAAUUUCGACGGUUUCGUUAUUUUGUUUAUAUCUCGUUCGUUCUCGCGAGAUCGGGCUGGUCUGUGUAAACAUAGUACCGCUUGAGACUUACGAUCAUAUUACCUGCAAAAUCUAUAAAAAUGCAUUUCAAACAGGCUAAUCCUAUAAAAAAAUCAUCUAAAUACAGAUUGUAUUCUCCAACAUCCCUUACUAAUGCAUAUCUUGCUAUAAAAAAUGAAAAAAAAUCUGUUAUGGGAGCGGCGAGACAGUACAGUGUGCCCAUUACAACGCUCAGAGAUCGCGUGUUGGGAAAUGUUGACCCCGAGACAAUUAAGAGUGGGCGGAGUCCUCUAUUAGAAACACUCCAAGAAAAUAAUAUUGUUGAACACUUGAAGUUAAUGGCAGAAUAUGGUUACGGAUACACACGCCAAGAGGUGGUAGACAUAGCGUCAGAUUAUGCGGUUCAAUGCGGUGUUAGAGAUAGGCAGCACCCAUUUUCUCUUAAGUGGUUCCGAGGCUUUGUGAGCAGGUGGCCUGAACUUAAAGUCCUUAAGCCUCGCAGUCUGGAAAUCGUCAGAGCAAGGUGUUCGUCACUUCCUGUUGUUGACAGAUAUUUCAAAGAACUGGAAGAAGUGAUAACAGAGAAUGGUUUUGACAAGAAUCCCUAUCUCAUUUACAAUGUAGAUGAAAAAGGAUUUACCCAGAACCACACUCCUCCUUUUGUGGUUUGUGGAAACAAAGUUGCACCACAAGCAGUCACUGCAGGUAAAUCCAAUACAACCACAGUGAUUGGUUGUGGAAGUGCGAGUGGUACGGCUAUUCCUCCUUUUUUUAUGUUUGCGGGGAAAAGAAUGAUGCCGGAGUUAAUGGAAGGCGCAAUACCAGGCGCAGUAGGCAGAGUCUCUGAUACAGGAUGGUCUAAUUCCAAGCUAUUCCGUGAGUUUCUGGAAGAUCAUUUUUUGAAGCAUGUGCCUAUCAAGGAGGGCCAGAAGGUUCUCCUGUUGAUGGACGGGCACAAGUCUCAUACUUCUGUGGGACUUGUGCAGUGGGCAAGAGACAGGAAUAUAAUAUUAUUUAUACUUCCGGCUCAUACCAGUCACAUUCUACAACCACUGGAUGUUGGAUGUUACGGACCUAUGCAGAAAAUGUACAAUGCGGAAUGUCAUAAGUUUACUAGAGAAUCACACUCUGUAGUAACAAGAUAUAACAUUUGUCAUCUUGUUUGCAAGGUGUACGGCAAGGCUAUGUCUGCAGAAAACUUGAUAGCUGCAUUUAGAAAAACUGGCAUUUACCCAUGUUCUCGAGCUGUAAUUCCACCAGACAGUCUCAAACCUGCAGUGAUAUUUAUCAUGGAAAACGAGACAUCUGACAGUUCAAAGGAUGAGACAACCAGAGAAAAAAGUGGAGAAAAGGAACAAAAAAAUGAUGACAGAGAAUUUUUUGAAGCUAAAGUAAGAGCCUGCAGGGAUGCAAAAAGAGAGGGGGUCACUGAAAAGAAAGAGAGAAAAGCCAUGAGUAAGAUAAUCUCUGGACACUGUAUAACAGACAACAUCAUAAUAGAUCAAAUGAAGCAACAUGAAGAUGAACAAAAUGGAAAGGAAAAACGCAAAAGAAAAGCAUCAGAUGAAGAACUAGGGGCAGCCACAAGUGGAUCAAGUUCAAGAAAACAGAAGAAAACUAGAUUGCCAGUUGUGGAAGACAGUGACACUGAGGAGGAGGAGGAGGUUGUAUUGGAAAAGGACCUUUGUUGUGUGUGUAAAAAGUUUACACCAGAAGAGAACCGAAAAAGUGAUAUUUUAAUAUUCACCAAAUGGGCUCAAUGUGAUGGCAUGAGGAAUGGGAUGCCAUGUAAGCACUGGACACACCUGCAGUACUGUUGCAGUACACGGGUUGUCCGCUUACAUGACAAAUUUCUCUGCCCUCACUGCAUUGAGGAGUAAAACUGAAUGUGAAAUCAAGCAUUAUAUUGACAAUUAUUGCUAUUAAUUUACCUUAUUUAACGAAAAAUAAAUCUAAUUUGUUUUCCACUAAAAAUUUGUUUUGCUUGGCCUUUCUACUGGCUUGAAUAUCGAUCGAUGACGUAACCGUCGAAAUUAGGACCCGGUAAUGGCGGCGUCCAUUGUUUACAUGUCUCUUUUAAACUCAUCGCCAAUAGAAAUAGAUAAGGCUAAUUGGAUAAAUCUUUAAACAGGAAAGAAUACAAUUUGAUUGACGAUUUUACCGCUCAAUUUAUUUUAGUUGAUUAUCGUUUACGUAAAAUAAAAUAUUGCAAUACAUUGAAAGACCGUCGAAAUAUGGGCACACG